CACAGGAGGGAGGGUGAUCUGGAGCGGGUCUGAGAGCAGCCUGGUCCGGGUUGAAGCGGAUUUAACCCGGGUUGGAGCCGGUAUUGUUCCCGGUUUUGGACCUUUGGAGCAGAGACAAGGAGGGAAAGUUUGCUUUAGCUUCAGUUCACGCCUCUGCAGCGAUGUCGACAGUCAUGCUCAGGUAGAGACUGGCUCCACGGCGCCCACCACGAUGCGGAAACACCUGGACAGGAUCCGGUUCCGGGGCCAGAGACGGGACGAGUUCCCGGAUCUGGCCGACUCGCCCAACACAUCCGACACAGAAAGCACAGAGGAGGUUGUGGUGAAAUCUCGCGCCUCCCUCAGAGAGUCGGAAGACCUGAGGGAGGUGGAGGGAGAGCAGCAAAGUGACGCUCAGGCCGGUUUAGGAUUUUCUGCAGGUCUCCAAGAUGACUCGAGGACGGAUCUCAACGAGGUCAAAGGUCACCUAGAAAUCGCCUUGUUAGAGAAGCACUUUUUACAGGAGGAGCUGAGGAAGUUUAAAGAGGAGUCCAACGUGGACUCACUGAGACAGGAGCUGGAGAGGGAGCGCAGCAAGUGCAUCGAGCUGGAGCAGAAGAUCAGCGACUUCCUGAAACCCAGACCUGAAGAUUCUCCUUCUCAGACACCUAAACCUCCGUCCCCUUCCCCGUCCCCGUCUCCGUCCCAGUCCCCGUCUCCGUCCCCGCCUCCACCUGCAGUCAGCGGUACAGAAAAACAAAAGGACACUUUGUCCAACAGCUUCCUGAAGUGGCUUUAUGAUCGCUUUGGCGUUUAUAUCGAGGACUUCCGCUUCCAGCCGGAGGAGCAGACGGUGGAGACGGAGGAGCCGCUGAGUGCCAAGAGAUUGACUGAAAACAUGAGACGUCUCAAACGAGGAUUCAAACCUGUGACCAACUUCAAGAGGAACCUCACUGCCUUAUCCAGCUGGUACUCCGUCUACACGUCGGCCAUCGCUUUCAUCUUCUACAUGUACGCAGCGUGGCACGGCUGGACCAUCCCCAUGUUCCUGUUCCUCGCCAUCCUCCGCCUCUCCUUGAAUUACCUCAUCGCCAAAGGCUGGAGGAUCCAGUGGAGCAUCGUACCUGAAGUCUCAGAGCCUGUGGAGCCUCCUAAAGAAGACCUGACGGUGUCUGAGAAGUUCCAGCUGGUUCUGGACGUCGCUCAGAAAGCUCAGAAUCUGUUUGGGAAGAUGGCAAACAUCCUGGAGAAAAUAAAGAAUCUGUUCAUGUGGGUUCAGCCAGAGUUAACUCAGAAGCUGUACGUUGGUCUGUGGCUGGCUUUCAUCUCCUCCUGCCUGCUGCCGUACAAACUGCUGGGAUUCAUUAUAGGUGUGUACGUGGGCAUAAAGUUCUUCAUCAUCGACUUCAUCUUUAAGAGUUGUCCCAAGCUGCGGCAGCGCUUCGACACUCCGUUCAUCAUCUGGACCAACCUGCCCACCGACCUGCAGCUGAAGGAGCGCGGCAACAUCCUACUGAGCAGACGGGUUACCGCGACGGUCGGUCGAGGCAGCGUCGGCGCUGCGGCUCCUCUGGGCGUCAACCGGGACGAGGACGGAGGACGAUACUACAGCACCAAGAGAGGAGCUUUUCACGAAGUCUUCAACCUGCCGGAGAGUGAGCACCCUCUGACAGUGUGUGAGAACGGCUGGCGCUGCUGCCUCAUCAACAGAGACAGGAGGACUCCGACCGACUACAUCCGUAACGGAGUCCUCUACGUCACUGAGAAUCAUCUGUGUUUCGAGAGCUCCAGCUCCAGAUCUGGAUCGUCCAAGAGGAACAAAGUGAUCAAACUGCGAGACAUCACUGACAUCCAGAAGUACAAAGUUUUGUCCGUGCUGCCGGGAUCUGGGAUGGGUAUUUCCAUAGCAACGCCGUCCACCCAAAAGCCGAUGGUGUUCGGCGCGAUGAUCCACAGAGACGAAGCCUUCGAGGCCAUCUUCAAUCAGUACCUGAAGAUUGUUUCCAUGGCUACAGCCACUGAGCCGGAGACAUAGUUACGCCUCCACGAGACGGCUGCAUUCACACACGCCAACACUGAAACCGCUUCACUGUUUUCACCGGUGACGUCUUCAAACAGAGGCCAGUUUCAGUUUGAGCUGCCCUCAUAUGGUUAUAGAGUCACCUCUUCAAACUGAAUGUUCCAGCGACAUCACUGAUUGAUCGGUACAGCAAAUCACUGAUUUCAUGUCAUAAUCAGCCAAUAACCAUCACCAAUCACUGCUCUUUGAGUUUUUUACAGAGGGUUCCCACAAAAUGGACAACUUUACGUCAAUCCUGGGCUAAUUUACCGUAAAUACCCAAUCCUGGGCUAAUUUACCGUAAAUACCCACAAGACGGACAACUUUACGUCAAUCCGUGGCUAAUUUACCGUAAAUACCCAAUCCCAGGCUAAUUUACCAUAAAUACCCAAUCCUGGGCUUAUUCACCAUAAAUAUCCACAAGACGUACAACUUUAGGUCAAUCCUGGGCUAAUUUACUAUAAAUACCCAAAACAUGGACAACGUUGUGUCAAAAUGGACAAUUUUAGGUCAAUCCUUAGUGCUUUUUAAAAAAAACAUAAAUACCCACAAAACGGCCAAUUUAAGUGCUAAUUUACCGUAAAUUCUCAAGUCAAAGGUUGCUGUUUAAAUCUUAAAUAUUCACCUGCAUAAACAGAGACCGAGUAAAAACAUUAAGGUGGUGGGGUUAUCUACUAUAUCUACUAUAUAAUGUCUCACUGUAAAUUUCAGUACAACGUAUCAUCCACUGAUUAUUUCCAGUUGCUUCCACUUUUUUAAUUCUUUCCCUGUUAAGCUGCAGUCAGUGAAGCUCAACACUUCCUGCAGAAGCCUUGCAAGGUCAUAAUCCGUCAUUUACUUUGUAGACUUUUAAGUUGUUUUGUUCUCUGAGAAAGAGCACUGGUUUACGAUCUAAAAGGAAGCAUUUCUACUUUUGGAUUUGACAACGUUUGUUCAGGUCGGGCAGCUGAACCAAUGCACCUGUUGUUUAAACUCAGUUUACUUUUAUGGAGGUGUAGUACAGAAAUUCAGUCAACAAUAGACAAUUUUAGUCAUUGAUGAUCAUUUAAGUCCCUUAUCAAUCAAAGAAUCAUUAUCUGGCUGCAGCUUCUACAAUGUGAAUUAUUUUCUGUUUCUCUUUGUUUGUUAUCAUCGUAAGCUAAAUAUCUUUGAGAUUUGGACUAUUGAUCGGCAAAAAUAAGACAUUUGAAGACCUUGGAAUCUGUCAAUAUAACAUUGUAAGUAAAAAAAAAAAAUACUUACAUUGAAGAAAAACUGAUGAAAGAAAAGAGGACACACUAUCAAACUAUAACAGGCGUCUUGUUUAAAUUAAAGACUAUAUGAAGGACUUAACCUUCCACUUUUCCUCGGGUCAAAUUUGAUCCGGUUCAAAAUGUUUUUAUAUUAGGCAUUUGGUUUUUUUUAAAUCCGAAUUGCUGCAAAAUAACAUGGAUAAAUUCCUAAAAGAAGUGUAAAACUUCUGGUAAUCACUUUGAAUUCAGCUGGCUAAGAUGGUAAAUCGCAGAAUUUGGCUAAAAAGUUGCACAGACGAUAGGAAGACAGUUUAAAAAUGUCCGAUUUGUCGACGACUAGUGGUAAAAGUGUGGCUGUAACCAGCAAUUAUGUUCAAUAUAAUAAAGCUGAUAUGCUGAUAUUUCUCACAUAAUUGUUCUUGGUCUAAAAAAAGUAGCGAAAAAUCUCCUCCACAAGGUGAGGCCAGAAAUUAUUUUAAUUUGUCUGAUAAAAUAGUUCAAAACCCCAAAUAUUCAGCUUAUAAUGAUCUUACUUACCUUCAUUACUGCAGCUACCUGGAAGUUUACAGUACAAUAUGCUUUGUUAUGAUUUUCUGGACAUAUUCCACCUACUUCUGAAGAAAAAAAUACAGUUAUUUCUACAGUAUUUGCAGAUAAACAUGUUUCAAUUCCAUUCAUUUAUAUUAGUGUCUUCAGGGAAUUGUAAAAACGUCUGUAUUGUAGCAGCUAUAAGCCUUACAAUCAGCUAGUAUUAUAAUAUGUUGUUUUUUAUGUGUCAAUAAUGGACUGUUUCUAUAUGAAUGUUCUCAACCAUUUAAUGUAAACCACAAAAUGAAUCUCAGCAUAGUAUCUUUUUUUUGUCUUAGCUAGAGGCUAAAGCUAACAGCACAGAUAUAACCUGAAAUACUGAAGUUUUGUAUAAUCAUUGUUAAUUCAGCUAAAGCUUUAGCUUUCUUUCACAAUCAAUAGGCUAAGAAGAAGCUAAAGCUAGAAAAGAGAAGCCACACAGAUGUCACAUAUUGUUUUUUGGCCAAUUUGUUUUAGCUUUUCUCCUAGCUUAAAGCUAAUUGGCUAAAGCUAAAAAAAAAAAAAAAAAAGUUAAAACAAUACGAUAACCUGAAAUGCUUUUUUAAAAUCACAAUUCAGUUAUGAUUUAGGUUUAGCUUUCUUUCAGUACACUAAUAGGCUUUUAAAAAAGCCCAAAUAUCGACUUUUUAGAACAAUUUGUUUGUUAAGGUUUAGCUUUAGCCGAUUAGCUAGGGUUGGAGGAAAAAGCUAAACAUGUUAAAACAACAAAAAUACUUAAAAAGGUCUCUUUUAAACAAAGUUCAGUUUAGCUUCAUUGUACAAUCAAUAAGCUAAGAAACUAAAGCUAAAAAAGAGAAGCCUUACAGAUGUCACAUAUUGUUUUUUGGCCAAUUUGUUUGAACUUUCCUCGUAGCUUAAAGCUAAUUGGCUAAAGCUAAAGAAGUUAAAACACGAUAACCAGAAAUGGGUUUUUUUUAAAUCACAGUUCAGUUGUUUUUUAGGUUUAGCUUUCUUUCAGUACGCUAAUAGGCAACAAAAAAAGCUAAAAUAUUGACAGCUAUUAAGCACAAUUUGUUCGUUAAAGUUCAGCUUUUCCCCAACCCUAGCUAAUUGGCUAAAGCUAAACAUGUUAAAACAACACAAAAACUUGAAAUGUUUCUCUUAAUAAAUGUUCAGUUUACUAUUAUGUUUAGCUUUAUUUUAAAAACAAUAAGCUAAGGGGCUAAAAAAAAAAAAGCCUAAAAUAUAGACUUUUUCCUUUGUUAGCUUCUGUUUAACUUUAUUCUAACCACAGCUAAUUGGCUAAAGCUAAACAAGUUAAAACAACACAAUCUGUGCUGUUUUUUUUUGUUUUUAAAUCACAGUUCAGUGAUCUAAGUAGUAUUGAGUAUUAUUCAAGUAUUGAUUUAUUGAACUUUAACUAAUUGGCUGAAGCUAUAAGGUUAAAAAAAACACAAUGAAGUUUGUCCUGUUCAGUUUCUCUAUUUACGAAGCACCAGGUGUCAUAGUAUGAAAAAACGAAUUUGCUCACAAAAAUUAAUGCGUUUUGCUCUCCAAUUGCUUUCAACUGGAACUAAAUGAGCCACAGAUAAGAUAGAGGCCUCCUUUAGAUUUCUGAUAUCCUCGCAUCCAUAAACAUGUACGUUUAUUAUUUAUCUCUGAAACACUUGUGGCAUUUUAAAGUUGACACUAAAUGAGGAAAAAAAUCAUCUUUUUUUCAGCCUCAUAAAGUGUUUGUUAGUUAGUUAAAGUGCAGCUAUGUACAUUUUAACACCACCAGUAUAUAAUUGUGUAUUAAGUAUGUAUUAACUGUAAUGCUGCGUUCACACUACCAGAGACAAAGCAACAGGUGAGAUAGAGCUACAAACUGACACGCUGCAAGUUGAGCUGGGUUCAACUUUUUUCAGCGCUGUAAUGACACGGUAAAGCAUCAACCAAUCUUAUGUUUUUGUUUCACCCGUUACUACUUGAUCAACGUAACAAGGCAGGCCUAUGGAACGUACAUUUUAACAGUGGUACUGUGUUAUUUAGAGAAGUUAGAUGCUAGUUUUCUGUGCAUUGGGUUGGCUGCAGUAGAUCGCAAACAAAAUGACAUAUUUUUGUGGGCUAACCCGGAAGUAGCAUCUCCAUGCGGUCAUUGAAAAUUGUCCUAUGGGAUUUUUGCAUUGGAUUUUGGAUCAUGGCAGAAAAUAAGCUGAUGCCAACGCGUUUUGUUCAGCAAGAUAAUCUUCACUUUUAUGAUGUUUGAAGUGUUAAUGCAGCAGACAAAAGUAAAAAGCUAACGUUGUUUUGAUAGCCACGGUUGCAUGACUUAAACGUCAUAGCCGUUCUCCUUAAGACGCUCUUCGACAGGCUAACCAGUGGGUUUGACAAGCUAGCAAAUCAAUAGCCUAAUAAAUUAUGUAUUUACAUAAUUUACAAUCUACAAGAGUUUGCAAGAGCUUUGAAAAACACGACUAGAGGCCAUGAGGCCGACUAGUGAGAGAGUUCCCGUCCGUGUUCGGCGUGAUGGCGUUUAAUGUCCCUGACAACCACUGUAGUCUCAUUUAGCCAUUUGUUAGCAACGGCCUUUUUAAGGACACAUAAAACCUCUAAAAUUCACAUUUGCUAACAUAUUUUAUGUCGUACAACAAAACGCGAACAUCUUUUUAGCUUGUGUUAACCACAGACCUUAUUUCAGAAUUCAAAAUUCAAAUUCAAAGUCCUCACUGAGUUUGAGAAGUAAAACCCCAGGAUGCUAAAAUGCUAACUUACUUCUGGAUUUAAGAACUAAUUUCUGUGAUGCUUUCAAAUAACAUCACGCCGUCCUUGACUGUUUUGUAACAUUGUCACUCAAAGUGUGAACGCAGCAUCAGUCUGAAGGCUGUCACACCAGCAUUUAUCACUAGUAUUUAACGUCAAAUUCACCACAUUUCAUAUUCCAAAUAAGAUCAUUUGACCCUCCCAGAAAUAUAUCAAUGUUUCUUUCCAAUUAUUUCUAACUGGUGUGUUAGGAACUCACAAAACGUUUUCAUUGCCAAACUUCUUGUUCUUAAACUCCAUUUCUCAUUGAAAAAAAGACUGUUUUAAUUGCUGCAAUAUUGCUGCCAGUAGUUAACGCCACGUUGCCUCAUUCUGACUUUUUGUUUUACGCGCUUCCUUGACUCUCUUUUGCUUUAAAUCUUCCUCCGUGUGUGUUUUGUGGUUUCUCAGGUUUCGUCUCUCUUAUGUCCGUGGAUUUUUUCUCUGUCGGCCUGUUGUGACUUUUCUGGACUUAUAAUGGUUUUAUAAAAAUGGUGUCAUUGUACAAAUUGGUGUAAUUUUUUUAAAUGAAAUUAUUUCUGGUGUUUAAAUGUGAUGUACAUUUUA